AGAAACCGCCUCCUUCCACCUGAUCGCUACUGCGACGCUCGAUCGUCCGGACGCGGAGAAAAGAACCAGCGGCGCCGGAGAAAAGAGAACGACGACAAUCCUGCUUUUUUCCCCCUCGGGAACGAGAGCCGAGGCAUGGCAGGACUCCGAGCCGAUUGAAGAGGACGCGGGAAUCGCGAGCGGGAAAACAGUUACAAGGACCGGCGGCGAAGCAGGAGGGUCCGCCUGCCUGAUCCAACGGAGGUGAAUAUCCUGGAAGCAGUAUGAGCCAGAAAGGAUCCCCAGGCAGCCACUCGGCAAAUGGCAGCAUGGGUAAAGGAGAUGCCAAAAUGAGUGCAAAAGAUUUAUACGAACAAAGGAAGAAAUACUCCAACUCAAAUGUCAUCAUGCACGAAACAUCUCAAUACCAUGUCCAGCACCUGGCUACCUUCAUGAUGGAUAAAAGUGAGGCCAUUGUAACAGUGGAAGAUGCCAUCAGAAAGCUCAAACAGCUGAGCUCCAAAGAGAAGAUCUGGGCCCAAGAAAUGCUGCUGCAGGUGAAUGACAAAUCUAUUCGACUGUUGGAUUGUGGAACUCAGGAAGAGCUCGAAGACUUCCUCCUGCCAACAGUCCAGCACUGCCAGACUGUGCUGAAUCAGAUGCGAUAUGCCUCCAUCCUCCUGUUGGUGUGUCAAGACUCUGAACAGCACAAACCUGACAUUCACUUCUUCAAUUGUGAUGAAGUAGAGGCAGAGAUGGUUCAUGAGGACAUAGAAAGUGCACUUGCUGACCAUAAGUUUGGAAGGAAGAUACGGCCACAGACCCUCAAGGUGAACCAAGAGAAGAUCAAACAGAGGCAAUCCAUCCUUCCCCCACCUCAAGGGCCUGCACCCAUCCCUUUCCACGAUGACAACAGAGGCUUCCAAAAAAACAACCGGAAUCGUGUGAUCCCUCUGUCCCAGCAAGAGUAUGAUCGUCAAAUUAGUACCUCCCAGGAUUUUGAGGAGUCUCGUGCAGCUUUAGCACAGAAGAUUGAAAAAGAAACGCAAAUACUGAAUAGCGCCCUCGGUGAUAUUGAGCUGUUCGUGGCCAAGCUUCAAAAAGCAGCAGAAGCAUUCAAGCAACUGAACCAAAGGAAGAAAGGAAAGAAGAACAAGAAGAAAGGGCCAGCAGAGGGAGUUCUGACUCUGCGUGCAAAACCUCCACAUGAAACCGAGUUUCUUGACUGCUUUCAGAAAAUCAAGCUGGCACUAAAUCUCCUGGUCAAACUGAAAAAGCAUAUUCAGGAUCCAAGUGCUACAGAAUUAGUCCAUUUCCUGUUUGGACCACUGGAAAUGAUUGUUAACACCUGUGGAGGCCCUGAAUUUGCAAGGACUGUCAUCAGUCCACUUCUUGCAAAGGAUACUACAGAUUUCCUGAAAGGGCAUCUUACACCAAAGGAAAUGGCGUUAUGGGAGUCCUUAGGAGAGACUUGGACAAAGUCAAGAGCUGAAUGGCCAAGAGAUGCCAACAUCCCGAGAUAUGUUCCAAAAUUCCACAACGGAUGGGAGCCACCCCUGGAAAUCUUUCGUGGGGUUCCAUGGGAAAUCGAUAUUGGCCAUUUGCAAGAAGAGCUGUCAUCAUCCAAUGGGUGUUCCAAUCGCCACUUGAAGCCAAUCCAGACUUCAGACCAAAAGCAAGGGGCGCAUGCCAUUGCUCAGCAUGUUACUCAACAUGUAAAUAGGAAUUUUGAGGCACAGGGUAUGGCUCAGUCAAAGAGAUAUGCCAAAAUUCUUUAUGAUUUCACCGCUCGAAAUGCAACUGAACUGUCAGUGCUGAAAGAUGAAAUUCUUGAGGUGUUGGAAGAUAACAAACAAUGGUGGAAGCUGAGGAACCGAAGUGGACAGGCUGGUUAUGUUCCAUAUAAUAUUUUAGAUCUGGUGACUCUGGAGGAUUUUGCAGCAAUGGAGCAGAGUAAUCAGAAAUACCGAGACUUGAGUCCACGAGCAUCUGUAUCUUCCAGCCCAUCCCAUAAGUUACCUCCCGGCUAUGCUGGCGAGAAAUGGGGAAGUGAAAUGGCAGCCCACAGUUCUUCAGAAGCCAAAGGACAAUUGAUCCAUCACAUGGACGAGGUCAAUGAUGAACUGCUGAAAAAGAUCACAAAUAUCAAAAUCCAGCAACCUCAAAGGAAUUUUAGAGUAGAGAAGACACAGCAAGUUCACGUGCCCUUAACCUUUGAAUCCAAUGCUAUGGAAGUCAGAGUUUGGCUGGAAGCAAAUUCAUUCAACAAAGGAACCGUGGACCAUCUUGGUAUACUGACAGGAGCACAGCUUUUCUCCUUGAACAAAGAAGAAUUGAAAAAAGUAUGCGGAGAAGAAGGUGCCCGGGUAUUUAGCAAAAUCACAGUACAAAGGGCUAUCCUAGAGAAAAAUAGAGAGAAAUCAGAACUUGAGGAAAUCAUGGAGCGACGCCAAGAGAGGAUUGAUUCUUCUAUUUAAGUUAUUUUGAUUUAUUUCAACUUGUAGUCACAUAUAUUUACUUGUAGGAAAAAGGGAAAAGAGGAAAAAUAUAACAGAGUAUCUCUUCAAGUGAGACUGUUGGGACUAUCAAUGUACAUUGCUAUUCAGACCAACUGUUCCUUCAGCAAUAUUGACAAAGGGAACACUCAACUCCCUCAUUAAUUUGACAAAGCAUUGGGAAAGAAGCUGUGUUAUUGAAUGAAGUAUUAUAUUUUUAUAUUGCUAUAUUUUAUACAUGAUGUUACGUCUAUGAUUUCAGAGCAUGAGGAUGACCAUAUUUCUGCUCUAAGCAAAGGUUGGAUUGAAGCAAAACAACCCAAUCAAUCUACGCAGUACCUUUUCUCUGUGGCCCAUCAAUGCAUCCAGAACUGGCUGGAAAUACCGUUUGUUAUUAGCCAGCAAACCCAUGUGCUUUGAAGCCUACAUGCUUCCAAAUCUUCUGCUAGUUUUGUACAAAACUCAGUAAAACCUGUAUCUAGCAUGCAGUGGGGAAAUCUUCUGCAUCACCUUUGCUACAUAGAAAAACUUACCAUUAGCGGUCAAGAUCUUUACAUUUGCCUUCUUUUUUUCCUAAAAUUAUUUCCCCCCCCCCCCCAACUGCUUUAAAAAAAAAUUACAUGCAAUCAAAAAAGUUCUUGGGGAAAAUACUUUGCACUGUAGUAAGUCAGGUUCAUCCAGUGGUAGUUUAAUGAUUAACUGCUUCAUUUAUAUUGAAAGUGAUAGCAUUCUUUGCUUGCAAAAACACAUCUCUCCUUUCUUUGCAUAGGCUUUUCUAUAGGCUUUGUCCGCUCGUGUAUGCACACACGACUUGAAUGACCUUGAAUACUUUGCACCUGCCCAGGCUUGACCCCACUUACCUUUGUUCUGAUCCUGAAGUGAUCAUGUGAGGCAUCCCUGAUAAUUUCAACAGCAAAUCCAAAUAGUCACAGCAUUCCAAUUGUCUUGUGAAAAGGACUGUCAAGGCAUAUAAAAGAGUGCAUAACUGACCUGGCCCAUAGCCAUGUAUAUAAAAACAUGUUUAUUAUUUAUUAGUAUAAGGAGAUACCUGGAGUUCUACAGUCCAAGGCUGUACAUAUUUAUUCAUGUGUUUAGAACCAAAGCCUCAUGGGAAGAGCCCUCAGACUGCUCUGACAGUGGACUCUCUGGUAGCUCUGCAAAUACAGAUGCAGCAAGAUGGAAGAGAGAACAGCAUUUCAUUUGGUUUUUUCCCCCCUAGACUUUUUCUUUUCCCAUUUUCUUUUGUGCCUAUUUUCUUUUUAAGUCAAGAGGAAGAAGUUGUUCUCCACCAUCUUCAAAAUUGGUGUAGAUUAAGAUUAGGUUUAGGGCAUGUCAGGCGCCCCCAAAAGACUACCUAUAAGUUUUCAGGAUAUUCCCUGCUUCCAUUUCCCCCAACAUUAAACUUCAGGUGUUAACAAAAAAUUUUUAACAUUUUUACAGAGGUUGGCAAAGAAUAUUCAAGGUAGAUCUCUCCACUCCAGAGAAAAAUUGAAGAAGUCUCCCAAAUACUCUUCCAAGGGAGUAAUCCAAAGAAAUACAAUUUAGAAAUCAGUGUGUUUCUUUGUUUUAAUACAUUAUCACUAAACUAUAUAUAGACCAGAAUAAAGGGCUGUAAUUAUUCUCAGUAACACAUGGCAAAAAUCUCCAAAAUAAAGGUGGACUAAAAUGAAAGCCAAACAAAUAAAUUCACUUUUGCUGAUUGGCAUGGCUUUAGGAUGCUUUUCUUAUCCUUUUUAUCCUAGGGAUAAGACAAAAUUAGCUCUUUGUUUGGGCACUACUUGAUUCAUAGGAAGCUUCAGUAUCACCCAAUUAAUAAUGAUUAAUCAAAAUACAAGGAAGAACCCAACAUAUAAUUCCAAUCUGAUGGGAUUCUCAAUAUUCCAAAUGCAUUCAAACUAUGCAAUCUGCUUUAAUCUGGAGAAGGAUGCCCAAUGUAUGGUUCAUGAGACAAUUUAUUUUGAUUCCAGGAACUCCUCUAAUGAAUAUAAACUUUCAUAAAAGCUAAAUUUAUGAGCCAUCUGGACAGGAAGAAAUAUGAAAUUAGAACAUGGCACCUUAUCCACUUGACACCAUUACUCUUUUAUAAUUUUUAAAAUCCAGAACAAGUUGGUGAAAAUUUAUAUUUGGUGGCUAAGUUUUUAAUAGGUUCAUCACACUAAGUUACAGGUGCCACUAUGUCUCCUAUCUUUUGUAAAGUAAAGCUCAGCUUUGCUUAAUUAGGCAUAAGCCAAAAUCCAUAAUCAGUUGUGAUUCUCAGAUGCUUUUCUUUUUCUGCCUCAAUUAUGUAAUUGGCUGCUUACAUCCCCAGUGGGAAGCUAUUUAGCCAAAAUCAAAGUAUGCAAUUGAAGUGGGACUGUAGACUUAUGAAAAUUGCUGUAGUCAGUGUAGGUGAACACAACUCCGUUCAAACUGCAAAUCAGUAUAUAAUAUAUUAGCUGCUAAAAUUUCAUUUACAUAUAUUUUGAAUCUGAAAAUAUAUAAAUCUUGAAAUUGUUAAACAUGGAGGUAUAUAUAUCAUUCAAAAAAUGUGUAUUAUUCUGCAGGUUGAGAAAUUUGUGAAACCAAGCCUUUAAAGAAAGCAUACUUUGUUGCUUAAUGUUCCUCUAUCUACUACUACUAUUUAUACAUUAGCCGGAAUGGUUUAUCUGUACAUAACUAUGUAGACAAUGUUCUUAACAAAGGUGAAAGAAAAAAACUUUUGUGGAGAUAUUGCUAAAUAAAAAUAAGGUCACAUUAAGUAUUUUAAAGGUAGCGUGCAGAGAUAAUUUAAAUCAUACUUUAAAAUCAGAAAAAAAUUAUAUGUGAAGCUGACAAAUAUAUAAGCAACAGCUGGUGCACUUACUUAUACACCAGAUAUAGAGCAGGCAAAAUUAACUAUCGCUUAUCGUAUGGAAUAUUAAUAAUAUGGUAAAGUCAAACAAAAUAAUAUAGAUAUUUAGAAUGCCUAAUAGGAAGAAUAAACAAUAAAUGUAAGAAAUAAAUGGCUAUGUUCUCACUUUUAAAUGUACAUUAAUAGCUGUAGAUUUUAAUUCACAAAAAUACAUGAUUAUCACCAUUAAGGAACAAUUCCAUGAGAGAGAAAGAAAUCAAAGCAACACAACUACUUUUACAGUGUAUUACCUAUGUAUAUGAUAGGAGGACUGAAGUGACAUUAUCCUGUCUUUCAUUUGACAUUUUACAACUCUGUAAACAUCUUUUCUCUUAAUUGAAGUGAAAUACAUUUCUCUGGCUCUUAUUUCCCAAUGACAUGUCAGAACAGAAGGGCUUUGGAUCCUCUAAAUCCACAGCCCGUCUUGGCAUGUUUGACUUUUCUCUGUCUGAAGGUAUUAGAGUAUAAAUAAUUCCAUCAGUGACUUUUCUGCGGUAGCCAAUAGGAAGCUUAGAAGACUGAAUCACCUCCUACUUGGAGCAAUCACUUUCCUCUCUGCUAUUGGAGGAGGUCCGCCAAACACACUCUAUGGCAGAUGUAGUUGGAAGACUCUCCUAUAUCAUAUUAAUGGAGCAAGCACAAUCCUCAUUGCAUCACACACCCCAGAAAACUGCUGAAGAGAGACUAGUUUCUUUUUUGAUUUAUUCGGAAGUAUUUGAAGCAUAUCAAAUUGAGUAUAUAUAUUUAUGUCUGAAGAUAUGCCUAACCAAAGAUGCUUUCAUUAGUAUUGCUGAAUUGUCUGUAUGUACUAUAAAUGAAAUGGCAAGUUGGUUGAAAAUUAAUAUUAAUUCUAAAAUGUAUCCUUAUGUAAAAUAUGAAUGGAAAUUUUAAUGCUUUGCUUUACUGUAUCUAUGCUUCAUUUGUCGCACAAUUUGCAUGAUUUCAACCAAAAAUGGGAAAUUUGAGAUUUUUAAUACAUGUCCUCUCUUGCAUAUUAAAACUAUCUACCAGCA